UCGUCGACGAUGACAUUAAUACCUGGCUUGGUGGACGAAGUAGCAGAGAUGUGCCUCUCGCGAGUCCCGCGCUCUAGCUUUCAGGCCAUUUCUCAGGUGUGCUGGCGAUGGAGAAGAUACCUCAGGAGCGAGCGUUACGUAGCCGUCCGAAAGUUGACGGGAUCGUUGGAAGAGUUAAUGUGUGUUAUAGUGGAUGACCAGUACUUGGAAGUUUUCGAUGGCUCCGGUAACAAUCUUGGACGCAUCCCUCCCGCCCCGGGGCCUUCGAAGGGUGGUUACGGCCUCGUGGUGCUCGAUGGUAGAAUCGUGUUCGUCGGUGGAGAAUUGGCGAGGGCUGCUUUUGCGGAUGUUUACGAGUUCAAUCCUGCUACUAACAGGUGGAGAAAACUGGCAGACAUGAACAUACCCCGUUACUGCUUUACAUAUGCUGUAGUGGACGGUCUUUUGUAUGUGAACAAAGGCUAUACCUCAGGUGAUGAUAGCAUUCUCAACUCGGAAGUAUACGACCCGAAAACUAACGAAUGGAGCCUCAUGGAUUGUCCACACAGCCACGGCUUUAGUGCCUUCGCAUUCUCCUUUAAUUCCAAACUCUUCGUUGUAGGCAAUAGAUGGAGGUUCAUCGACAUAUAUGACCCCAAGACAAAGACAUGGGAAAAGUUAGACUCCGGGCAAACACUGUCGGUGCACUCCUACACUGUUGUUAUGAACAAAGCGUAUUUCUUCGACUGGUUCAAUCCGGAAAUGGGAGUGUAUGAUCCAGAGAAGAAUGUUUGGAGCUCCGUGUUUGUGCCUCCGAGCAAAACACCUGGUUUCAGGUACAGACUAGGGCAAUGGAAAAAUAAGGUUAUCCUGUUUUCCCGGGAAUGUGAGCAGAGGCCUUAAGUGGUGACCUUGAUAAAGAGGACGCAGCCAAGUGGACAGCCACACCGAUUAAAAUAUCUGGUUGUCACGCCACCAGUGUUCUCAUCAACUUUUGAUUUUGCAAAAUGCAUGCAACAUUUUGGGGUUGUCAGCUUUGUGUUUAGCCCUCACAUCU